UUUUAAUCUAUGCCAAAGAUGAUGUACUACGCAAACAAAAUACUUUCAAGGGGCGGCUGAGAAGAGAAGUUGUGCUUUUUUCUGUACAGAGAGAAAUUCAUUGAGAAAAUGUUGAUGAAAUUAAUACUUUUCGUAGUCUCUUUACUGUGCUUUUUCCAGGCUAUUCAAGCACGUUGUUACAUGGACGACAGUGGAAACUACGUCUGCAUAGAUGAGAAUUGGUGGGAAAAACAAAACGAUGGUGUCAGAGCUGGUCUAGGUUUGGGUAUCAUCUUUGUGAUUAUUCUUCCAUGUAUACUGUGCUGCUACUGUUGUUGUUGUCGUCGGACUCAACACACAACAGUGGUAAUGGGAGGACAACCUGGUGGAGGUCCAUCGACCACUGUUAUCAACAAUACGAACAUGAUGCAACAGCAGACGGGCAUCCCGUAUGAAAGACAAGUGAAUUAUCCGAUGUGAAGAUGUUUUUAGAUUUUAUACUUGUAUCAAAAGUUUGUAGUUUAUAACGUGGGAAUAUUUUGUAAAAAUAUAGCCAAACUUUUUUUCAAAAAAUAUUUUUUUUUUUUAUUAAAAACACUUAUUUAAUCUCGAGUAAUUGUGUUCGUCAGAUAAAGUUGUGAAAGAAUUAACAAAUCGUGUUGAAAGUUAUUGUAAAGCGAUACGUUUAGAAAAAAGAAAAGAAGCUGUUUAAAGAUAACAUUAUUUUUGGUUUUAAUCAAAGGAGUUCAAGCUAAGUACGUUUUUAAUGUGUUCUUAACUUUUGACAAACUUUUAGCCUUGAUGUGAGAUGAUCGAUUUGA